AUGCGCUGGAGCCGCUUGUUGUGGCUAAAGUACCUAGAAAAGGUAUACCAAAAUAAAAUGGACCCCAAGGGUUAGCAGAAUUUGGAGGUAGACAUUUGAUCGUGGUUGACCAUGGUUAUUUGGCGCCGUCGGAUGCUAAGACGUGACGUCAUGCUAGAUCAGGGCUUUAUGCCGAGGCAUGCAUGUGCCCUUCUGUUCAGUGUGUGCGUGCAGACGGUCCAUGAUUGUGUGUGGGUGGGAUAUUGUGAGUUCGCGUGGUGAGCGUUA